AUGGCAGAAAGUUCUAACGCCGCCGCAGAAACAGUUGCAGUGGCAGUGAUAGAAGACAAGAGAGAAGAGAAGCAAGAACAUGGCAAUGCUAAAUCAAAGCAACAUAUGGCGAUUCCUCUUAAGAAUUUGAUUCUUCCAUUAACCCUAAUCUCAUUUCUGCUGUCUCUUCCAAUUCUCUUCUCAGUGAUAUGGCUGCUGUACAUUCAACAACAAGAUUGCGAAGAUCUCUUGAGGCUGCCAAAGCUACAAAUCGGCAUUGUCACUGGCUUGAUCCUUGUGUUCUUGAGCAGCAACCUUGUUGUGUACUUCAGAGCUAAGUUUCCGGUGCCCGGAUUUCUGGUGGUUAUGGUUCCGCUGGUUCUGAUGCUCACCGUCGGCCUUGGCCUAAUCGGAGCUUACAUGCAAUACAGCCGGACGAUACCCGGUUCGCCGGUGUGGCUGAAGAAGAAAGUUGCUGAUGAUAAGAACUGGGACAGGAUCAAAUCCUGCAUAUAUACCGCAAGAAGAUGUGAUGAUUUGUUUUCUAGAACUUACAUGCUCAAGGAAUAUGACUUCUCCAAAAGUAGAUUUUCCUACAUAGAGUCUGGAUGCUGCAGGCCGCCGCUGAACUGCGAGAUGGAGUAUGUGAAUGCCACCUUCUGGAAGAGGCAAGACGUAGUAGACAGACAGCUUAUGCCAGACAACACAGACUGCGAUCUGUGGAAGAACAAAGAGAACGUUUUGUGUUACAAUUGCCAAGCUUGCAAAGAAGGGUUCCUCAAAACACUUCUGGGCAAAUGGGGUAAACUUGGGACCUUUCUUGUUGUAAUGGCCUUGUUACUCAUUAUCUCCCAUCUCCUUCUCUUUGUCGCCACAAUGAGUGAGCAGUAUGCUGGAUAGAGAUUAGAAUUUCUUUUUAUUUAUUUUUUAUUUUAGUAAUGUUAUAUCACUCGGACCUAACAGUUGGAUAAUUGGAACUCACAAGAUAAUCAAGCCCUCAAGCUCAUUA